ACGUCAGACGUCAUUCUGACAAUAAUUUAAUAGAAGAGGUUAUGUUUUAAUUUGUUUAUAUUGUGAUAAUGCAAAGGAUAAACGAGAUAUUCGUAUAUAAUUACGAGAUUAUUACAUUAUAAAAUUAUGCAAAUGAAUCGUCAAAAGAUAUUUGGCUAGAGGUGACGUAUUAUUUGCGAUUUGAGCGACGAAACGAGUGCUGUGCAGUGUUGUGGAAUUACGCAGGGUUGCUGUGAAGCAAGUUGAUAUCAAAAAAUUUGCAACAACAAAGAUGCAAACAAACAUUAGUGAUAAAAUUAGACUGCCUGCCCGAUACGGAACCGGCGAAAAAAGCGUUUGGAUAGAAUACAAUGAAUUCAUAACCGAAGUCAAACCGAAGCUCAACCUUGGGCAAGGUUUGCCAGACUAUCAUUGCCCGAGUCAUGUUCCCAAGGCACUGGCCGAAGCUGCCUUGUCAGAAAAUCCUUUGAUGAACCAGUAUACAAGAGGAUUUGGCCAUCCAAGACUAGUGCAGAGCUUAGCAAAACUAUAUUCACCAUUGAUCAAUAGGGAGAUAAAUCCAAUGAGUGAGAUCAUUGUUACUGUUGGAGCAUAUGAAGCUCUGUUUACAACCAUUUUAGGUCAUGUGGAACCAGGAGACGAGGUAAUAGUAAUUGAACCAUUCUACGACUGCUACGAUCCCAUGAUACUGGCAGCUGGAGGCAAAGCCAAAUUCAUCGCUUUGAAGCCUAAAAAAAUACACGACAAAAUGACGUCGGCCGAAUGGUAUAUCGACGAGAAAGAACUGGAGUCUCUUUUCAGUGACCGUACAAAGAUGUUCAUUCUGAACACCCCCCACAAUCCCCUGGGGAAGGUGUUCACCAGAGAGGAGUUGGAGAAGAUAGCGAACUUGUGCAAGAAGUACAACGUGCUGUGUGUCUCGGAUGAGGUGUACGAGUGGAUGGUGUUCGAGCCGUUGAAACAUAUCAGGAUAGCGACGUUGCCCGGCAUGUGGGAGCGCACCAUCACAAUCGGUUCAGCCGGCAAGAUGUUCUCAGUGACCGGCUGGAAAGUCGGCUGGGCGUACGGCCCCGCCAACCUCAUCAAGAAUUUGCAAAUCGUACAUCAAAACUGUGUUUAUACUCACUGCACACCUGUUCAGGAAGCAGUUGGGCGCGCCAUAGAGUUCGAACUGUCCAGAUGGAAGACGCCAGAGUGCUACAUGUUCUCCCUGGCGCGGGAGCUGUUAGCCAAGCGUGACGUGCUGGACAGGAUAUUGAAGGAUAAUGGCUUCCUUACCACCUUACCGGAGGGAGGGUACUUCAUUACUGCCGAGUACUCCAAUAUUGCAAAUAAAUUGGACCUGAGUACAGAAAAAGACAAAUAUAAGGACACUAGAUUCACAAAGAAAUUCGCCAAAGAAGCCAGCAUCCUGACCAUUCCGAUGACAGCAUUCUACUCCAAGGACCACAAGCAUUUGGGGGAAAACUACAUCAGAUUCUGUUUUAUAAAGAAAGACGAAGUUUUAGCGCAAACUGGAACACUACUUCAAGAAUGGCACCAAAAGACAAAAUAGAUUAUUUUUGUGAUACUUAUAUUUUAAGUGUUAUUGUGUUGCAAUACGUUGUGACCCCCAAAAAUCAGCCAUUAAUGAAAUAAAACAUUUUAUAGUUUCAAA